AACUGAAAUUUUAGCGUUGGAGAUCACAGCUUGUGUGCGUGCGCGUGCAGCUAGCGCAGGCUCUUUUUCAUAUCUAGCAGCGAAAAAACCGCACCCGAUAAGCCUCGUCUAAAACAUCGAAGAGAAAUAAAUAUAUGCCUCAAACCAUCCAGAAAGUUUGUUGGUGCCAUGGAUGACAAUUACAUUCAUGAACGACAGGAGACGAGCACAAACCAAGAAAGCACCCAAGGACAGCCCCAUAUUCAACCUCCCCUACAUUAUCACCAGCAGUAUCCUCCACCACCACACCAUGCUAUACAGACAGGGUACCAUGGACUCAGAUUUGCAUCGGACAUCAACUCCAUGCAGACUUCAGUCUCUGACGCAGGUACUGCCCCAGGACAGGUACCCAUUCCCACAGGGGUGCACCCUCCUAGAUUACCCAUCACAUCAGGGUCUACUAGCAUCACCAACAGGGAGAGCCACGGCCAGAAGGGACAUUUCUAUGAUCAUGUCCUAGGCCUCGCAGCUGCUAUGCAAGUGAACUCUGCACCACUUCACUAUAGACCAGAUCUUUCCAGUGGCGCUAUACAACUCCAGCAGGUUCCUACUUCGCUGCCAGCCACAGUUGCAAAUCCACCACCUCUACAACCUGCUCCAACUCUCAACUCCUCGCAGGAUCCCAGCUACCUUAUCGAAGACCUCUCCAACUCGACACACAGCAAUGUUUCCGCACCCCACUCGGUUCAUGCGACUCUUUCUUGCCCCAAUCCUUCUGGGAACAUUGUAAAUACUGUUCGUCCAACAACUCUGACCGACAAGAAGAAGAAGAGUCCUAAACCCAGAGCAAAGAGGGCUAGUCUUCCGCAGCCAGUUGUUCAGUUUCAGCCUCAGAAAGUGCAAAGUGUCACCAAAUGCUGCCAGACGGAACCUAUGUUUGAGGACAUCUGGAAACUUGAGAGUACAAGGGCUGAGCCAUCUAGUCUUCCAUCGAGUCUGGAAUUCAUCCAAGCAGCGGGUGAGGAGAGUAAGAUAGUUGGUGUGACAUCUACAAAGGACUUGGAAGAAGGGGAAACGUUUGGGCCGUACACUGGAGAGUUUGUGAAAGAAGGUUUAGGCUGUUACAACCCAUCAACAUGGGAGGUAUGUGUACGAGGCAGAGCAUGGUUCUAUCUUGACGGAUCCACAGACCCUGAUAAUUGGAUGCACCAUGUCCAGUAUGCCAGGUGCACCAAGGAACAGAACAUGGAAGCCUUUCAGUCCUAUGGGGAUAUCUACUUCCGUAUCACCAAACCUAUCCAGUCAGGAACAGAGCUUAGAGUCUUCUAUAGUCCAGAAUACCGGAAGAGGGUUGGAUUCAAGACCAGUCUAGAUGAACUUCAUGUGGACCAAGACAACAAGAUGUUCCAAUGUCUAGACUGUAAGCACCGUUACAACAACCCAAAGAGCCUCAUGAGACAUCUGAAAUUUGAGCAUGACAAAGAGAACCAACGCAGUCCAAACAACUCAAAGGUCGAUUUUCAGUCUGAAAACUCCACCCCAACAAAGCUCGAGUUCAUCACUUCUUUGCUGACGAAACGUGCCAAGACUACGACUGGAGCUGCAGAAAAACCUGCCCCCAAAGGAAUACCAAAGAAAAAUGCAAAAGAAGAGAAAGGCAAGAAAUACAUGCAAGUGAAGUUUGUUCCAUUGAAGAACUCUGAUGACAAUGAGGCCAAAGGAAGUAAGAAAAGGAAGAGGAGGUUCACCUGCAAGAGAUGCGGGAAGCUGUUUUCAUCAGGAGGACGCCUCAGACAACAUGAAAGGUUUCACGAAGAGGCCAAGGACACCAAGCCUGUGUGUAAGAUCUGUGGAUUGGAAUGUAAACACCAAAGAGCACUCAAGCAGCAUAUGCCAUCGCAUGAUUCAUCUUCAUUCCAGUGUCCAAAUUGCGACAGGUUCUUCAAUCAAAAGAACCUCUUUGCCUACCACCUGCGGCGGGUGCAUAAGAUCUAUAUUAUGCCAGACAAAGGUCGUAGAAUGGAAAAGUUUGAAAGGUAUGUCGGACCUGAAGAGGAAACAGAGGAACCUAAAGAACCUUUCCAUCCAGAUCUACCGAAGGACAUGCUUGGAAAGCAAAUACUGAUAACCAGUAAGAAUCCAAAGGUUUUCAAAUGUAAGUACUGCCCAAAGAGAUUUUCAACCAACAAGAACGUGAUCAGGCACGAAGAUACAGUGCAUACAAACAAUGGUCAAUACAAGUGUGAGUACUGUCCCGCUACAUAUACAAGAAUGGCCGCACUCUUGUUGCACAGGCAAAAGCACACGAUGGAUCGCCCCUUCAAGUGCGAGGAGUGCCCACGUUCCUUCUCUUCAGAGAGCGCCCUCAAGAACCACCUUCCAGAACACCGCGGUGAACGACCCUACAUCUGUGACGUCUGCGGCAAGGGUUUUGGCACAAGGAAGAACAUGACUUGCCAUAAGAGACGUGUCCACAUGGCUCCGACCGCAUUCUUUAACUGUAGCUUCUGCGAGAAGACAUUUAAGCACAAGACGGCACUGGCGCAACACGAGCAGCGCCAUAAGGGAAUCCGGCCCCACGUUUGUUUAACCUGUGGACGUGCCUUUGGGACGAAGUUCACUCUGCAAUCUCACAUGCGCAUACACACAGGCGAGAAGCCGUUUGAAUGUCGAGUGUGUCAUCAGAAGUUUGCCCUGAAUCAUCAUCUUGCCAGACACAUGACGCGUCAUCAGAAGGAGUUGGCUGCAUCUUCCGAGGAAGACUUGGUUUAGAGGUUUGGGUGAAUGAAACAAGGUCAUAUGGACUAAAUAGUAACAUUUAUUAGACAUUUAAUGGCUUUAGUUAACAAUGUAUUGUAAUAUGAUAUUUAUGUACAUGUAGAUGCAUCUCUUCGCCAAGAGUGGUACAUGGGGCAUAUUGAUGUAUGCAUGCUUUCUUUGGUCUCUCCACAACUUCAUCUGUCUCAUUUUCGCUCUUGUGAGAACUUUAAAUCAUUCAAUGAACUUCAAACUUGACUCAAUGCUUGAGUGACUAUCAUGAAACAAUUUGUUACUGACAACUGUUACAAGCUGCUGAAAUCCUUUCAUCUGAUUGGCUCACGGAAACACAGUCAGUGGAAAUCGCUGACAAAACUUUUCAUGACAUGCUCCAGUUUUGCCAGUUUUGGGGCUCGAUGUUCGGGUAGGUGGAGCAUAGUGUAGCGGUAAUGAAGUGGAGUGGAGCCUGCACGAACAUCGCUUGAGGUAGUCAUAGGCGAGCCUUUGAUGUUUUGACGUGUUUGCACAUACACACAUGUAUAGACAAAUAUGGUGGUUCAUGAGAAUUAAAACAACAUCCAAUAAGAUUAAUUGUAUUAUUUUGGAAUUUGGGGCAGGGUUACUACUACAUAAAUGUGUUUGUCCUACAUGUAUAGGUAGGCCAAGGAGUCCGCUAGUCCACAUCAAAUUAUAUACUACUGAAGCACCAUGUAGUCGUGUCAAAACAUCAAAGUCUUCCCUUAUCAGUGGGAUUCUUGCUGAAAGGCACAGUGCAGACUUUUUUUAUUCAGGUGCCUAAACGUGCUCCUCAUUUUCAUUAUCUUGCCAUUACCUCUUCUAUUCUUGCUGAUUAGCUACUUGAUUGAUUCCAUUAAAGUCAUAUCAUGAUCAUUCUGGAAUCACCAUGUUCCCUGGACGAUGCUAAAAUAUAAUCUUUUGGUUGAUCUCAUUUCUUUUCUCGCUGGAAUUUGAUCAAAUAAAUGUUGGUCUGAGAUUAUUAUUUGUUGUAUUUAUUAAAAUGAUUAUCCUUUCAUUUUUAAACAAAAUAAUGUGUUGUAUUCACACUAAGAUUUUAGCAUUAUACUUGUUUUUUAGUUUUCCUUUGAUUUAGAUAUGAAAUUACUAAUUAGCCACUUUGACUGAAGGUAAGGCUACAUAUUACAGCAGGAUUCCUGCAUGUAUGUUUUUAUUGAUGACCCUCACAUUACAUCAUGGCGAAUACUGUAUAUUGACUUGUCACGAUUUCUUAUUUAUUCCAUCUGUUUAUCUAUGUUUUAUUUUUUAGUAAUGUAGUCAGAAGUUAGCUUUUUAUGUAAGAUAGGUAGAUACUGUAGACAGGUAGAUAGCAUAUUGUCACUGGGGUGUUCAAAGUUCACAUCUCAAAAUGUUUGUAAAAUGAGGACACCUUAAAAAAAUACUAUAUUUAGAAAUAUUGCAAUGGUGCAAACCUCAUAUUGCUUCAAAUCAGUCUCCUUAUUCCUGUAUAGAACUCUUUUGAAUCAAGACAAUAUUACCAUUUAAGUCAUAAGUCUAAUAUUUAGCUUUUCUCAGCUGUCUUCAGAACUUACAUUUUGAGGUCCAAGAUUUUUUUUUAACAGCCCAUGUACAGUGCAUCCCACAAAAAAAGGAAACCUGUUUUCAGAGAUAAAUUUGUAACAAUUAUUAAAAUCAUUUUUUAAAAAUGAAUUUGAUAUUUAUGGUAAGAGCGGAAUCUUUUCUUUAAUUUGAAACCAGGAGCUUAGCAAGUUAUUCUCGCAUGGCAGAUUACAAGCAAUAAAUAUUGAGGCAUAUAAGAAAUCAUUUGCGCAGAAAUUUAUGUGUGAAUCUGAAUACACUCUCAUUUCUGGGAUCGGUGAGAGAAACUUAACAAAGAAUACAAAAGAAUGGUAUAGAGCCAAUCAUCGAAUAAGCAUCGUCAUCGUAUUACGAACCAAUCUUGUCCAAACUUUCUGCGCAACCUGAUUUUGACAUUAAAAUUGCAAACUAGUCUUGCUCAUUAAUGCAGGAAGUGUUUGUCUUGCAUUAGGUAUUAAAAUAUAGAGGAAUAAAUAUCGUAUGGUGAUGUAAAUGCUAUAGCUUACCGUAAUUAAUUUGCCUUUGAAGAAAAAGAAAUCUAGUUUCCCUUCUUUCUGGGAUGCACUGUGUAGAUGACAUCGAUGUAUAGAUAGGUUUCUUGUUUAAUUAUUUGCAUGGUAAACAAAAGGUGAAUGUUUACAGAUGAAAUCGAUUUACAAACACUAACAAGAAAGUAUUUUGACAGUUCUACAAUCAAUGAUGUGUACAUGACAUGGAUCUCACAACUGUAUCCUCUCUGUAAAUUGUGUAAAUUUGUCUUGUAUAUUAAUAGAAUCACUUGACUCAUUGCAUGAAUCAUUUAAAAUGAUUUUCUUUCAUGAUUCAUGAACAUGAUAAUGGUGUAAAUUGAAAUUCAUUGAUAUAAAUGAAUAAAUAUAUUGAAUUUAAUCAUUAAAAUGAAAUUUCUCUUUUUACUCAUUCUACAAAUGUCAAGAAUUAGGUAAAACAAAAUUAUGAAGUAUAAUUCAAGCAAUCUUGAUAACUCCAUGUAUCCUACCAUGCUGGAUAGAAUGAUUGCUUUCUAAAAUUCAAUUUUGUUAUAUUGCAUUAUUCAAAUUCAUAAUUUCCUCUAGUAUGAUAAUAUGCCAACAGGAGUCUGUACUUGACAGGUAUAGAAAUCGAUAAUGCUUACAAUUAGAUCAUAAAGAAGAUAUUGAAGUACAUCUGAUGUACAUUUCCUUUUUCUUUUGUUUUAGGUUGAGAUAUUUCCACAUUGUGUUACGAUAUUAUUUGUUAGCUUUCAUGGGGGGAUUUUUAACAUUUUGAUGCUUAUUCCCCAAUUUUUGUGACAAACAAAGUUAUGUGAUAUACAGCAUAAUAUUGUUUGUUUAGACGGCAAGUUUCUGGCUCCUUUGUAGAUUUUAUUUCCAGUUCUUUUCAUUGUUCUUUUUUUCAGCUUACUAUGUAUAAGCAUAUUACUAGUUAGUAGUGAUAAUAAACCUGAAAGAUAUCUGAAAACAAGUAUAUGAGUACUUUGAAUAUUGUGGCUUUCAAUUUUGUUUCCCGCAUAUCAUGGGUUCAUAUUGAAUAUCACUUUAUGCAGAGUAAGUGUAUGUCGUACCAAAAUACAGCAUCAACUUUAUAAAUUUA